AUGAGAACCCAAACCGUAAUUCUGAGCUGUGCUCUUCUGGCACUUCUGGUUGCCUAUCUUCCAUCGGGAGAAGCAGUCACCUGCGCCGACGAUCCAACCGACGUGGAUUGCGUUGACUGUACUCUAGCUGACAAUGAAGAUGAUCCUGAGUGCCUAGCUGAAGAGGAAGAGACCACAGAUGCCCCAGUGGAAGCUUCGACAGAGGAAGCUACGACAGAGGAAGCUUCGACAGAGGAAGAUGACACAGAGGUUACUACCGAAGAGGCUGUGGAACCGACCACACCGAGAGGCUGCGGUGGACAACGUCAUGGUGGACGUGGCGGACGUGGUGGACGUGGCGGACGUGGUGGACGUGGUGGACGUGGCGGACGUGGUGGACGUGGUGGACGUGGUGGACGUGGUGGACGUGGUGAUCGUGGUGGUCGUGGUGGACGUGGUGGACGCGGUGGACCCGGUGGACGCGGUGGACCCGGUGGACGCCGUGGACCCGGUGGACCCGGUGGACGCGGUGGACGUGGUGGACGUGGUGGACCCGGUGGACGUGGUGGACGUGGUGGAAGGCGCGGCGGCAGAGGAGGUCGCUUUUAG